UUAGAGGGGGUAAUGCACGGAGGAGAGAGCUUGGAUCUCUACAAAACAAAACGCACGAGAGAGAACACCAAUUUAAUUUUUACUCUGAUUAAAAAUAUCAAUCACUGAACUUCUGAUAUCUCUUCUCCUCUCCUCUCCUCUCCCUUCCCUUCUGUUUCAUCGUUUCUGUUGUUGUUCACAUUUUUGGGAUCCUUCGUGUGUUUAUCAUAACACAAAACAAAACACAUGUCGACCGUUACGACAGAGCCUCUGCUCCGUUAUUCGCGUACACAGAGGCACCCAAGACUCCGACCUCGAAAUUCGCGUUUGUUGAAUCCUGCUUCGUUGAAUUUUCGCUCCAAGACCGUCGAGUUACUCUCUAAUGGCGCAAGUUUCUGCAACUUCAAGCCCCGUCACAGGGUCCAACCCGUCAGAGCUAGCUCAGCUGAUGCUGCUGUCCUCGAUACCUUUCAAUCCGCGGAUGUAUUCUUCAAGGAGACCUUUUCCCUCAUAAGAACUCAAAGGGUGGAGGGGAAGAUUUUCAUCAGACUAGAUCAAGGGAACGAUGAGGCCGCUUGGGAGCUUACUAUAGGCUGUAACAUUCCGGGGAAGUGGAUUCUUCACUGGGGAGUUUCUCUCAUUGAAGACAAUGGCAGUGAAUGGGAUCAACCUCCUAAAAGUAUGAGACCUCCCGGUUCAAUUCCAAUCAAGGACUAUGCAAUAGAGACACCUUUGAAGGAAUCGUCAGAGCAAGAUAUAUUUUAUGAAGUGAAGAUUAACGUCAUUCCCAAUGGUGAAAUUGCAGGAAUAAAUUUUGUGCUGAAGGAUGAAGAAACUGGAGCAUGGUAUCAACAUAGAGGGAGAGAUUUUAAAGUGCCUCUUGUGGACUACCUUCAAGAUGAUGGAAACAUGAUUGGUGCAAAAAGGGACCUGGGUCUCUGGAAAGGAGCCCUGGGAUCACUCUCGAACAUAAUUCUGAAAAAAGAAUCAUCUGCUUCUAAACUUCAAGGUAGUAGCAGUGAAUUGGAAGAUACCAAGCAAGAAAAAAUCUUCCUAGAAGGAUUCUAUGAGGAGCAACCUAUCACAAAGGAAAUUUCUUUUGAAAACUCAAUGACUGUUUCGGUUCAGAAAUCUCCAGAGACGGCUAAGAAUCUUCUGUAUAUGGAGACUGAUUUACCUGGUGACGUAAUUGUUCACUGGGGAGUUUGUAGAGAUGAUGCCAAAUAUUGGGAAAUUCCAAAAGCUCCAUAUCCACCAGAGACAACUGUAUUCAAGAACAAGGCUUUGCGCACUCUAUUGCAGGUACCAAAAGAGGGUGGAAAUGGAUGUUCCGGAUUAUUUACUCUGGAUGAAGAACAUGAAGGAUUUCUUUUUGUUCUCAAGCUAAAUGAAAGCACUUGGUUGAAAUGGUUGGGAAAUGAUUUCCAUAUCCCUCUUUCUGGUUCAGGUGGCUUGCAUUCUCAACCUGGACAGGGUCAAUUUGAUGUACUUAAAGCUGAGAGAGCAACAGAUACAAAUGAAGAAAUUUCUCCAGUUGCCUAUACUGAAGGAAUAAUUAAUGAAAUAAGAAACUUAGUGAGUGACAUUUCAUCUGAGAAGAGUCGGAAGACAAAAACAAAAGAAGCACAGGAAAGCAUUCUUCAGGAAAUUGAAAAACUGGCAGCUGAAGCGUACAGCAUCUUCAGAAGUUCCAUCCCUACCUUCUCAGAGGAAACCAUUUCUGAAUCUAAGGUCCAGAAACCAUCAGUUAGAAUAUGCUCUGGGACAGGAUCAGGGUUUGAAAUAUUAUGCCAAGGUUUUAAUUGGGAAUCUCAUAGAUCUGGAAGAUGGUACAUGGACCUGAAACAAAAAGCUACUGAAAUAUCUUCCAUGGGAUUCACUGUCAUUUGGUUGCCACCACCAACAGAGUCUGUGUCACCUGAGGGGUACAUGCCAAAGGAUUUAUAUAACUUGAACUCCAGAUAUGGAAGUAUUGAUGAGCUAAAGGAUCUUGUAAAGACACUCCAUGAAGUUGGUAUCAAAGUUUUGGGGGAUGUUGUCUUGAAUCACCGCUGUGCAACCUAUCAAAAUCCAAAUGGUGUGUGGAAUAUUUUUGGUGGCCGUUUAAAUUGGGAUGAUCGUGCGGUUGUUGCAGAUGAUCCACAUUUUCAGGGUAGGGGCAACAAGAGUAGUGGGGAUAACUUCCAUGCAGCUCCAAACAUUGAUCAUUCUCAAGAUUUUGUGAGGGAAGAUAUCAAAGAAUGGUUAUACUGGCUGAGAGAAGAAAUUGGAUAUGAUGGAUGGAGACUUGAUUUUGUUAGAGGAUUUUGGGGUGGCUAUGUCAAGGACUACAUGGAUUCAAGUGAACCUUAUUUUGCUGUAGGCGAGUAUUGGGACUCCCUCAGUUAUACGUAUGGUGAAAUGGAUCAUAAUCAAGAUGCACAUCGACAGAGAAUUGUUGACUGGAUAAAUGCUGCAAAUGGAACUGCUGGCGCUUUUGACGUUACCACGAAAGGGAUUCUUCAUUCAGCGUUGGAAAGAUGUGAAUAUUGGCGAUUGUCAGAUGAGAAGGGAAAGCCCCCUGGGGUUGUUGGAUGGUGGCCAUCUCGUGCUGUUACCUUUAUCGAGAAUCAUGACACUGGUUCUACUCAGGGUCAUUGGAGAUUUCCACGGGGGAAAGAAAUGCAAGGCUAUGCCUAUAUCCUGACACACCCAGGAACACCAGCUUUGUUCUAUGACCAUAUUUUUUCUCAUUAUCAAUCUGAAAUUGCAGCUCUUAUCUCUGUCAGAAACCGCAACAACGUACACUGUCGUAGUACGGUUAAAAUUAUCAAGGCAGAAAGGGAUGUAUAUGCAGCAAUCAUUGACGAGAAAGUUGCAAUGAAGAUAGGACCAGGGCAUUUUGAACCCCCAAGUGCCCCUGAAAGAUGGUCUUUAGCGAUUGAGGGACAAGAUUACAAGGUCUGGGAAGCAUCUUAAUAUAUCCAAAUUGAUGUGAUACGUACUUUUCAGGUAAAUAGAAGAAUUAUUAGAGAAGAUAAGACUUGGACGUGAAGUUUCAAUACGUAUGUAAAAGCCAAUUAAGCACCAGAAUAGGAUAGUGUGCUUAUGGUAGAUGGUGCUUGGUACGGUAAGUAGCACAAGUUAUUUGGCCAUUGCUAAUAUGACGCAAAAAAUGGUUCUAGACAGGGAUCAGUAUUAAAUGUAUUUACCACGUAAUUUCUGAAACAUUUUCAGAAGAGAUGCUGUAAAAACAUAUUUACCUUGUAAGCUUUUGUGAACAUGGAUGAAGACAUGCAGGCGAUCUAUUGUAAUCGAUUCAUUUGUGUUGAUGCACGAAUGGAAUAAUAAGAAUUAUCAUUAUUUGAAUGGAACACUUAACAGAACCAUGCCUAUGC